AUAUUAGUUGGGCUAGAUUCUGAAGGUCAAGCCGAGAACUACAACAAAAAAGUAACCAAUGCCCACUGAUAACAUGGGUUACACCUAGGUUUAAACCCAGCCAGGCCAACACUGCUCAGCUGAUGCUAUGUUUAGGGUAACUUGGUAAAUUCAGUACAACAGAUUCCUUAGGGCUUCCCGGGCUUUCCUCAUUAAUUCCAAGAUUCACUUUUUGGUAAACCAGAAAGCGUCUCAACUCCCGAACUUAGUUUUUGGACCUUGUAUUUUGGAAUCGUAAACGUGGAAGUAUUCCAAGCAAGAAAAGCGGAAAGGAAAACGGAAGUUUUUAGUCAUGGCAGCCUAAUAUUCUUUCAAACCUCAGUAACGUACAAAAAACGCACUCCCUCAAUCCCUGUGUGUCAGGGCAUUUUUGCUUGUAAAAUGCUGCGAGAAAUGUGGCUUUUUGUUACUGUUUCUCCUGAAUAGAACAGUUUGGCAGUGAAAGUUAGUUGUAAAAGAGGAAACAAGAUGAAAAGCGUUGAAAGGAGGUUUUGUGAGGAGUUUUCACCUGGGUAUUAUGGGAUUUGUACUGUUGGAGGAAUGCUCAGUGCUGGGACUACUCAUCUUGCUGUUACACCUCUCGAUGUCUUGAAAGUAAACAUGCAGGUGAAUCCAAUCAAGUAUAGCAGCAUUUCAUCAGGAUUCUCUGCCCUUUGGAGAGAGCAGGGGCCAUCUUCUCUUUGGAGAGGUUGGUCUGGCAAGUUCUUUGGAUAUGGUGUUCAAGGAGGCUGCAAAUUUGGUCUUUAUGAAUACUUUAAGGGGCUUUACUCCAAUGUUUUGGUAGAUCAAAACAGGACUUUCGUAUUGUUUCUCAGCAGUGCAUCUGCUCAAGUAUUUGCUGAUGUGGCUCUCUGUCCUUUUGAAGCUGUUAAAGUUCGUGUUCAGACACAGCCCACUUUUGCGAAGGGUUUAGCUGAUGGAUUUCCAAAACUUUAUAAAACUGAAGGGCUUACUGGCUUCUACAAGGGACUUUGUCCACUUUGGGGCCGCAAUCUUCCAUUCUCAAUGAUAAUGUUCUCAACGUUUGAGCAUUCAGUGGACUUUAUCUAUAGAAGUAUCAUUAAACAGAGAAAAGAAGAUUGCUCCAGAGCUCAACAACUUGGUGUCACAUGCUUAGCGGGAUAUGCAGCUGGAGCAGUUGGUACUUUAGUCUCUAACCCAGCUGAUGUCAUUGUUUCUUCUCUUUACAACAAAAAGGCUGAAAAUGUGUUGCAGGCUGUUAAAAAGAUUGGGCUUUUAAAUCUUUUUACUAGAAGUCUUCCUGUUCGAAUCACACUCGUUGGACCUGUUGUUACUCUGCAAUGGUUUUUCUAUGACACCAUCAAAGUGCUAUGUGGAUUGCCUACUAGUGGAGGACUUCAUCGGCAAUUACGAGAAGCCAAUUUAUCAUCUUAAGCUCGUUGAGCUUUGGAGGAGGAUCUACAGUUCCAUCGGGUCUGCAAACAUUAAAAGGAAACAAUCCCUGCAAUAUCGGCAUCAUUCUUAUUAUAGACAUGUAACAAGGUUAUUUACACAUAUCUUAAUGUGUAGCAACUAUUAUGAAAGGUUCAACUUUGUCUUAAAAUCGUUCUUUCCAUUGUCUAAACAUAAUAAUUGAUGGCCAAUGCUAUCAUUAUACGAAAAUACGGGAAAGGAA